AUGCUCCGCGGCGCAGCGAAGGCCUCCGGCGCGAAGGCUGCCGUGCGCUGCUUCUCCUCCGCGGCCGGGGCGGCGAGCGGCGUGCUGCACAUCUGCGGCACUGCCGAGUACAACAAGCUCGGCUUUGGCGACUCGCAAGACCGCGAGGCGCCUGUGCCCAUCCCGGCGCUCGAGGCGACGCCCAUUGCGCACGUCGCGUGCGGCAAGUAUCACUCCGCGGCGGUUGCCGCCGACGGCAGCGUGUACGCGUGGGGCCUCGAGGCCUCGGGCCAGCUCGGCCUCGGCUCGCGCCGCACCAAGGCGCACACGCCCGCGCUCGUGGAGGCGCUGAGCGGCGCCGGCGUCACGCAGCUCUCUUGCGGCUCGUACCACACGCUGGCGCGGACGGCGGAGGGCGAGGUCUACUCGUGGGGCUUCGGCGGCUCCUUCUUCAGCGGCGCCGGCGGCCUCGGCCACGGCGACCGGCAGCAGCUCGAGACGCCAAAGGUGGUGUCGGCAUUUGGCGGCGACGUGCGUGCGGCGUACGUGAGCGGCGGAGGCUACCACUCUCUCGCGGUCGACCGCGAGGGCGGGGUGUGGUCGUGGGGCCGCGGCGAGUGGGGCCGGCUCGGCUUUGGCGACGCCUCGGACCGGCUCGAGCCUGAGCGGAUGGACGAGGCUUGCGACGACCUCGCACCGACCGUCGCGCGGGCGGGCGAGGCGCACUCGGCCUGCGUGGCGGGCGACGGGCAGCUGUACACGUGGGGGAGGAACGAGCACUGGCAGCUGGGGUACGAGGUGUCCGGGCUGCUCAACUCUGGCCAGUCCUUCGACGCGCAGCAGGAGCCGGCGCCGGUGCCGCUGCCGGAGGGGGCUGGCCGCGUGGUGGACGUUGCGUGCGGCGAGCUGGGUACGGCCGUCCUGCUCGAGGAUGACUCGGUCUGGAUGUGGGGCAUGCGGCGCUACUUCGAGCCGACCCUGCUGCCGGGCAGCGGCGGCAGAGACGCCGCCGACAGUGGCGUGCGCGUGGAGGGCAAGGUGGCGCAGCUCGAGGUGGGCGCCAGCCACGUGGCGAUCCGGACCGACGGCGGCCGCGCGUACACGUUUGGGUACGGGACGCCGCUCGGGCUUCCAAAGGCGCAGCGCAAGCAGUGGGAGUUGGCCGAAGUGACCUUCGACGGCCGCAAGGUCCUGCAGAUCGCGUGCGGCUCCAACUCGACCGCCUUCCUCGUCGAGGCCUGA